AUGGAGAAUCCGGGAAAAAGAGAAGGAAUCGUCGAGAUUUCGGAAAAUUCAGGACCGAUGAUGGCGAUUGAGCGAAUCAUGGUGAAUACAGAAUCAAAGAACGGAAAUGGAAAACCAUCGACAUCACCCAAUAUUCUCAUCUUGAACAUUUUCGAUGCCAACUGCAAUAAAGUCAAGAUCCAUGAAUUCUGCGACGAUCAAAGCAAACUGCCGCCCUAUGUCCACCUCGAUCAUCUGGCAACGCAAAAUGAGAUGCAAAAAGUGUUGGAGAAAGUUUUCUGUGGAAUGUUCGCUCGCAUUGAGGACAAGAAGAUCAUCUGGAUGUCGGGAAAAGAGCUCAGUGAAGCCUUAUUGAUGAAGCUUGAGGCAGAUAAUGCCGAGAAGUGUUUCCAAAAAAGAAGCACAACUUCAACGAGAGCGCUA